AGAGCAGAAGAUCUUUGUAUGCCAAGUAAACAACAUCUCUUAAGUUUAUUUAAUAGUACUGAUUAGAGUGUAGAUUACAAUAUGUCUAAAUUAGUUGUUUUUAUAAUGGUUAUUUCAUCAAGUUACUGUUGCUUAAUAACAAAUUGUCCUAGAGGAGGUAAACGAGGAGAUCCGACAUUUUUGUUAGAAAAUAUUGCAAGAGAAUGUCCUGCAUGUGGUCAUGAAGAGCAAGGGCGUUGUUUUGGACCUUAUAUUUGCUGUGGUCCAACUAUGGGUUGUUUAAUAGGAACCCCAGAAACAUUACGUUGUCGAAAAGAAAGUUUAUAUUCAAGACCCUGUGUGGCAGGUUUUGCUAUGUGUCAAGGAAAUAGCGGAAGAUGUGCCGCAAACGGUAUUUGUUGCUCUCAAGAAUCUUGUCUAAUUGACUCCGCUUGUAAAUUAGUAGAUGAAAUCGGGAAAGAUCGAAAAAUUGGAGCAUCGUUUGGAACUUUUCUUCUAGAAAAUACUGGAGCUAAUGAACAUAUUCUCUGAUUAGGCUAAUAUAUUUAAAAAGUUUAUUAUAAAAUAUGCAUAAAGCGCUUCAUUCGAUUUAUUGUUUGAGCAAAUAAUUCAAUAAAAUACAAUAAAUACUUAAAAUUUUGUUAAAUGAAAGUUAUUCGUUAUUACCGUGUGACAUACUUUUUUCUUAAGCGAUCAAGGGAUUA